CGCCAUUUGAAGGAUGGUACAGUCUGUACAAUUCCUAGUCCUUCUUUCUUCGGUUUCAAUUUUCUUCGGUAGUACUCCGAUGUGCGUCAAUGGAACUCUUGUUGUUCAUGGAGGUUCUAACGAAAGCUUAAUUAGCGUUAUACCAACGGAACCUGAUGUUUUAGACAAAAUGAAGUCUACAAGUCAACUAGAUUUAGGUACUUGUGACCAGCAAUCAAAGGUACCUUGCAUAGACUCUGGAACAUGCGAAACCGUACCUUUGCUCGAACCUGCUCGUUGUAGACGCAGGUACUGUCCUCUUAACAAGGUUUACUGCCUCGAUUUUGACGGAUGUAUGAUACCGGACCCCGUUUUUAUAUUUGCGCUCGCACCCAAAGAAAAGAAAUGCCCUAUUCCUCUUAGUCUUUGCGCAGACAAAGACCUUUGUCAAUUCGUUCUUCGUAAGAACUACGAUGACCUGCGGGAGCCAAGUGUUGAUCGUCUAAACUGCUCCAUAAUGAUUAACCAAAUUGUUUUCACUAACUCAUCCUGUGAAAUUCAUGGCGAUUGCCAUUGGACGGCCAAGUGUUGCCCAGAUGGAGGGCUCAAUCGGCAAUGUGUCUCCUAUGAUGGAACGAUUAUCCCCGCCAGGAUAGCAAAGGAAUUAAAUGCUAGCUCUACAACGUCCUUGACCCUUCCAUCGGCAUCAUUCAACUAUGACCAGUCUUUAACGACUGAGCCCGGAUCGGCGUCUCUACUUAACAUAACGAAGUCAACACUUAUACGAAUAAUGAAUUCAUUCAAAACCACCGUAGAUGGAAGACUAUCGGUAUUUGAACUGAGUAUGUGCACUCAAUUGGCCAAAUUGCUGGGUGUGUCAGAGAACGUUUUCACCAAAAUGAUUGUGCGAAACGGAAGCAUUUUGCUGGAAAUUGAAAUGUCUCCAUCACUCGUCGACUCACCAGACGCAGUUGAUCAAGCCCACGUACAACUAACUUCGAUGCUUAGAAACGGUACCUUAGUUUUAACUGAUUUAAAUGGUACAAAAUUGGAUAUUCCACCUCAGGAAAACGGUACCUUGUUAGCUAACGAAGCACCAAUUUUUUCCAACAUUUUCAUCGGUGUUACGGCAGCUAGUUUGGGCUCCACAUUUUCGUUGGUUCUUUGGGUCGUAUGGAACCUAAAAAAAGGCAAAACGAUAAAUCCUAUCCCCCACUCAGAGCGGCUGAAUAGUCAUGCCAUAUUCAUAAACAAACAAUCCAAGGAUAACCUUAUCAGAGGUAGUUCAGGACUUGGGCAAAACCAAGUUAGUAAAUUAGCGAACUUUGCAGAAUCCCAAGUUCAAUGGGAUUUGUUUCAGCAACAUUUUCCAGGAAAACCAGAUUAUGUCUGGAAGUCCCACGAGGAGGUUGCAUGGGCAGGAAGCGAUCAUCAAGUACGAUGGCCGCAGUUAUUAGAUGCCCCUGACGAAGAAUCAGUUGCAAUAGUAAAAAAAAAGUAAACAUACCGAAGCUGAGGAAGAUGAGGACGGUCGCCUUCAA